UCUCAGCUCCUGUCACACUCGGUGGCUUUGAUUUGAAGUGGGCAUUGAUACCAGAUCUGGGGACAGCAGAGUUUUGCCAAGACACCCAGGGGCAGGGUGGGGGUUGUUCUGUGAGCUGAACCAUGAGAGGACCUCCCCCAGAAGCCUCCUCUCUGCUGGGAAAAGCACCAUAAAUAUGAGGAUCCCCAGCCCUGCCACUCAGCACCAUCCAGCUCAGGCUCUCUCCAGCCCUGCUGAGAUCCUCACGGAGACCCAGCCAUGAAGUUCCUCUCCUUUGCCUUUGCUCUCUUCCUCCUGCUCUCCUUGGCUGUCCCAGGCUAUGGGCAGUUAAGGAGGCACUGCCCCAAGGUGGGAUACUGCUCCAGCAAGUGCUCCAAGGCAGAUGUUUGGUCCUUCUCUGCUGACUGCAAGUACUACUGCUGCAUCCCACCCGGCUGGAAGGGGAAGUAGGAGCUGAAGAGGAAGGGUCUGGGGGAAGAGGAGGCUCCCUGGUGGCUUUGGGAUCAGCUUCUCCACUGUCUGACCCAAUUGUC